AUGUCAAACAAAAAAAUCUUAGCAGUUUUAUUUAAAGGUGGUGAAUAUAAUACACCAGAUUUAUUAGGCUCAGCAGAAAAUGCACUUGGAUUAAAAGAAUUUUUCGCUAAAAAUGGUUAUUCAUUAGUUUCAACAAGUGAUAAAGGUGAAACCAUUGAUGAACAUAUUAAAGACGCUGAAAUUGUUAUUUCAACUCCAUUCAAUCCUGUUUAUAUUGAUCAAAAGAGAAUUGAAUCUGCUAAAAAUUUGAAAUUAUUAGUUACUGCAGGUGUUGGUUCUGAUCAUAUUGAUUUAGAUUAUAUUCAAAAAUCUGGUAGAAAAAUUAGUGUCUUGGAAGUUACAGGUUCAAAUACUACAUCAGUUGCUGAACAUGCUGUAUUAACAAUUUUAGCUUUAAUUAAAAAUUUCAUUCCAGCUCAUGAAUCAAUUAAAGGUGAUAAAUGGGAUAUUGCAAGAACUGCACGUGAUGCUUAUGAUUUAGAAGGUAAAACAAUUGCAACUAUUGGUGCUGGUAGAAUUGGUUAUAAAAUCUUGGAAAGAUUAGCUCCUUUCAAUCCAAAAGAAUUAUUAUAUUAUGAUUAUCAACCAUUAAAUGAUGAAUUAACUUCAAAAGUUAACGCUAUUAGAGUUGAUUCAAUUGAAGAAUUAGUUUCAAGAGCUGAUAUCAUUACUAUUAAUGCUCCAUUACAUAGUGGUACAAAAGGUCUUGUUAAUAAGGAAUUAUUAUCAAAAUUCAAAGAUGGUGCUUAUUUAGUAAACACUGCAAGAGGUGCUAUUUGUGUUGCUGAAGAUGUUGCCGCUGCAUUAAAAUCUGGUAAAUUAAGUGGUUAUGGUGGUGAUGUUUGGUUCCCACAACCUCCAGCAGCUGAUCAUCCAUGGAGAACUAUGAGUAAUAAAUAUGGUGAUGGUAAUGCUAUGACUCCUCAUGUUUCUGGUUCUAAUUUAAAUGCUCAAGCUCGUUAUUCUGCUGGUGUUGAGCAAAUUUUGACUAGUUAUUUCACUGGGAAAUUCGAUUAUAGACCUCAAGAUAUUAUUUUAUUAGAUGGUGAAUAUGGUACUAAAUCUUAUGGUGCUGAUAAAGUUAAAAAGUGA